CACAUUUCUCUCCACGCUGACACUUACACAAUAUGACUACCACAACAUUACAGCCAACCGAACCGUUUGAGGAAUUGAGAAAGAAGGAGCUCGUGUUUCAUCUUUUUGGGAAGAAUAUAUCCCACUCCAAAUCGCCAGUGCUCCAGAACGAGAUGUUCAGGAUCAUGGGCCUAAACUGGACCUACCAGACGUUUGACAGUACUGAUAUCUCUGAGUUUGAAACAGCGUUAAAGGCCGAGAACUGUAUCGGCAGUGCCGUCACUAUGCCUAACAAGAUUGCUUUUUUGGACCGUGUGGACCUCGUGGACGCCCAAGCCAGAGGCGUUGGUUCUAUCAACACCGUCUACACCCGUAAGGAUGGUAAUGGUAAGACCUUGUACAUUGGUACAAACACCGAUACAGUUGGUGUGUAUAACUCCUUUCUCAAGAAUCCGGAGGCUAAAAAGGUUGUGGACGAGAACAGGGGCAAACCAGGCUUGGUUUACGGUGGUGGUGGUGCCUGUCGUUCUGCUGUCUAUGCAUUGUACGCCUUCCUAGGCUGCUCCAUGAUUUAUAUCGUCAACCGUGAUGAGGAAGAGGUCCGAGCUGUUUCCGAAUCUAUGCACAAGGGUGGAUUCAAAGGUGAAAUUAUCCAUGUAUCUACCCCUGAACAGGCCGAAGCCUUGGCAAAACCAUCGAUGGCAGUUUUAACCGUGCCAGAUUUUGCUCCCACCACUGAGUCGGAACUCCAGGCCAGAGCCACCUUGGAUGUGUUUUUGCAUGCCAAACAAGGUGCAGUGUUGGAGAUGUGCUACCACCCAAGGAUCUACACCACUUUGUACAAGGAUUUCCAGGCAGAAGGCUGGAACGUGAUUAGCGGAGUUGAAGCCAUGAUCUACCAAGGGAUUGCGCAGCAGCAAUUAUGGACUGGUUACUCCUUAGACGAGCUCCCAGUCAAGCAGGCUAUUGACUUUCUCUACAAGUGUCUUGAGGCCGAGAGCAAGGAAUAGAUGUUAAUGCAUGCAAUAGAUUAUGAUAUUACCA